AUGGCUCAUUAUUUAAAGAUGGUUAAACUUAACAGCAGAAACAUCAAAACCACUAGGUCUGAAGAUAAAAUUUCAAUUUCAUUAAAUCAUACAUCUAAUGACCAGGGAUUUUAUAAAUCUAAUAAAAAAUUUUGUUGUUUUUCCUGUGAUUAUUUAACUUCAUAUUUCAAAAAUAUUAAUCUUCCUAUUCAUUAUCCUAUAAGUUUCCCUAUUUAUGGUUCUAUUAGUCUUCCUCCUUUUAGUAUGUCCAUGCCCAUUGGUACUCCUAUUAGCUAUUUUACUAACUAUAGUGUUGACCAUAGCACUGCUCACUAUUUUGAUAAUUAUGCCGGCAAUAAUAGUGAUAUUUCUGACAGUGAUUCUAAUAAUAUUUUACGUUUUAGAACCAAGGUUGGUAUGCUUAGAGUAGAAGCUAAAGAAGAUCAACAUUUAUUGUCUGUCUUGGAACAGUUGUCACCAAAAUUACCUAAAAAUGUUGAUUUCUCUUCUUUGGAACUAUCUGAAAAGCCAACAUCAGAUGAGAUUUCCAUUUCAAGUUUAUCAGAAAAAACCUGUUCUCAAUUGGGUUUAAAACAUGGUUCCUUAUUAUAUCUAUCUUAUUCCACAACAGAUGACCAAUCCACUCUGUCUUCCACAUCACCAGCUAUGAAAUCAUCUCUACCAAAUAAUAAUAUAUCAGGCCCGAAACCUGUUGAACAAUUACCAAUCGACGAUAAAUAUGACAAGGUGGAUGGCUACAUAAAGAGAAAGCGUUCAACAUUUUGUAGACAUUCUGAUAAAGGGAUGUGUGAGUAUUGUUCCCCCUUGCCUCCUUGGGAUAAGCAAUAUAGGGAAGAACAUGCCAUUAAGCACAUGUCUUUUCAAUCUUUUAUUAAACAAUCGAAUGAGUCUACCAAUAAGAAGUCUUCUUCUGCAUCAUAUAUCUCUCCAAUUAAUGAAUCUUCUUUCAUUGUUGACAAAAAUUGCAGAAAUGGUCAUCUACCAUGGCCAAAGGGUAUUUGCUCCAAAUGUCAACCGUCUGCCAUAACUUUACAACAACAAGAGUUUCGUUUAGUAGACCAUUUGGAAUUUGCACAUUCUCAAAUAGUUAAUAAUUUUAUUGAAAGUUGGAGAAUAACAGGCAAACAAAGAUUUGGAUAUUUAUACGGUACUUAUGAAGAAUAUGAAGAAGUCCCUUUAGGUGUUAAAGGUGUUGUUCAAGUCAUUUAUGAACCAACACAACAAAAUGAAGACGAUGGGCUAAUUGUUGAUAUAAAUUGGGAAAAUGAGACAAAAAUUGAUUCUUUAGCCAAAAAAUUCGGGCUACAAAAAAUUGGUAUGAUUUUCACUGAUUUAACUGAUGCAGGUAAUAACGAUGGCACUGUUUUCUGUAAACGAAAUAAAGAUACAUUUUUCUUAUCUUCAUUGGAAGUUAUACUAGCUGCAACUUUACAAAAUAAAAACAAAAACCCUUGCAAAUGGUCAGAUUCUGGUAGAUUUUCCUCCAAGUUUGUGACUUGUGUUAUAUCUGGUAAUGAAAAGGGAGAUAUUGAUAUAUCAUCUUAUCAAGUUUCACAAGAUGCUGAAGCAUUAGUUGAAGCUGAUAUAAUAUGCGGGUCAUCUCAUCCCUCAAUGGCAUACAUCAAUGACACCAAUUCCGAAAGAUAUGUACCAGAAAUCUUUUACAGAAUGAGAAAUGAAUAUAAUAUUUUGGUGAAAAAAAAUGCUAAACCUGCAUUUCCAGUUGAUUUUCUUUUAGUCACACUAAGUCAUGGUUUUCCUCAAGCUCCUAAACCAUUAUUUAAAUGUGAGAAAAUAUUUCCAAUUGAAAAUAGAUCUUCAAUGGGUGCAUCACAGGAUAUUAGUUCUGUUAAAAGGCAUUUGGGUAUUAAAGGUUUUGAAAAUAGUGAAGAAUAUAUAAAGUAUUUAUCUGAUUUCCAUCUAUUGGGAUAUUUGUUUACAUUGGGAGUUUUAAAUGAAGAAGAGAAGGAUUUGAUUGUUAAAGUUAUUGUUAAGGAUGAUAUGUUAGAUAUUUAUACACUUUUGGAUAAGCCUGGUUGGAAAACCUUAAUUACGCUAUUAAAUGAAAUCUGA